UAUAUAUAAACAAAAUGUUUUAUCUUUUCCUUUUAGAAAGACAUACCACUGUAGCUAGCGUGACUCAUAUUGAAGAUAUUGACUUUAUUGUACCAAGAAAUGAAAUGAUUCACGAUAGAUCAAUGCCGUACCUUUCUUCAAUUGAGCCAAGUAUAAAAUUAGACAACGUAUGGCUAGCAACGAUUGCAGGUGAAUUAGCGGAAAUGGUAGUAUAUCAGGGACCUAUAUUAGAUGUUGAUAUGGAACUUGGAGCUGCUGGAUUUUGGAAUAACACUAUGCGUCCCAGUGUUUAUUACUUAAAAAAUAAAAACGGUUACUUUGAUGCCACCCGUGCUGAGAUAGUCAGUGAUAUCGAUGGCCUUAUUAUAGCAAAUAAGAUGCACACCUGGGUGAACGAUUUUUACAGUCUUCGUUUGAGUCAAAUUCUUGAUAUGUAUUACUCUGACGAAGGUAUAACUUUCUUUAAUGAAAACAUCAAAGUAUGUGAUAGAAAGAAGGCUUUUUCAUACGCUGUGUCAAAAACACUUUUGGACGAACAGACGUACGCUGCAUCUCAUCUUUUGGCCUAUCAUAACGAUGUUGUAUUUAAAACUGCGGAAGCUCUUAAACGAUUGGUUGAUCACGUGGUUACCAAAUUUUCAGUUUACGCAAACGAUUACCUUUUGACAGAACUACUUUGUCGAAACGGAAAGCAUUAUCCACAAGUAGAAGCAUUGAUCGUAUUCGAUGGUAGUUGGACUAAAGAAUACACAAUGGAUUUUGUCGCUGCAUUAAUAGAUGAUUUAGAUAUAUCAAUGUACGGUUCCAAAAUGGGAAUUUUACACAGUAUAUCGGGACAGUGGAUACUCAAUACAACAAGCAGUCCUAGUCUUACUUAUUAUGCUAUAUCUAACUUUAAGAAUAUUUCAUGGCCCACGCGUAUAGAUUUCAUUACAAUGUUGAAUACAGUAUCCAAUUAUCUAAAUGAAACCUGGGAGGCAAAAUGGCAACAACAUACAAUAGGAAGUCUUGGUCAAGUGAUUAUAAUAUUAGCUCCAUUGUCUCAGUUCUCUGAAACAGACCAGGAGACAAUUUUAAAAUUAUUAAAAGAGGUCAAACAUCUUCAUCCUGAUCUAUAUUUUUUAUAUUAUACGUCAGAACAUAAUUCACGUAUUUUUCAACCAUUUAUAUUAUCAGAACAAGAUCAUUUAAUACUUGGUCCCAAUUUUGACGCUGUAAUACAAUAUUUGUCAACGUUGCCACGAACUCUGAGGCCGAUAGUUAUGUCGAAAUUUGACAAUAAAUCAUCAGAAUUUAAGGACGAAAUAGAAGAUUAUAUAAGCCCUUCAAAAUCAAUUACAUAUAUGUUGCAUUCGCAACAUAUAGUUAAUAUGAAGAUAACAAUUACGGUCCAUAAUUUUGGAUAUGGAACGCUUAAAGCUUGUUCAUGGAAUCAAUUUGAUGGCGAAAAAAGUAUAGAAUGUCAACAACUUGAUGCACAUAAAGAGAUUAGUUUAAUUGACAACUAUAAAUGCAUCGAUACGCACUGUCCUCAUAUAUAUCUUCGUAUACAAAAUGCUACUUCCUUUAACAAAUGUGCAGAAAUGGAAUGUAGAUCACCGAAUCAAGUGAGGUACAUCAUAAGAAUGCAAAAUACAUAUGGAAACUCUGCGGAAAAGAAGAUAUUUAUAAAUAUAUUUGUAACAUUUUAUUUAUAUUUACAAUUAGUUGUAUUUAACAUGUAAAAGGUCUUGUUCAAUAAAGUUAAAACGACUUAAAGCUUAAA